AUGUCUGCUCCGCCACCGCCGACGCCGGCGGGGCCACCACCGAAGAAGGGAAAGGGGAAGAAGAGCACAGACCCAACCGAUGCCUCGAAGCAGAUUGCCGCAAAGAUAGCACAGUUGGAGCUGGAUGCAGCGGGGGAGAAAGACCAGGAAGCGGAAGUUGACCGCGAAGUCAAGAAAGCGAAUCGCGAGCUUUCCCAUAUGCUCUCCACCAUGGACCCGUCUCUCUCACGCCUCGAGGCUGUGCAGAAGAAGUAUACCGAACUUCUUGCCGAGAUGAAGCGCACCGAGCGCGAGCACAACAAGGCGAAGAAACGCGCCGAUCAGCUGCAGAAAGAGAAGGACAAGGGCAUUACAGAUCUAAACAAAGCCACCCAAGCAAAAGAUAAGCUAGAGAAGAUUGCGCGGGACUUCACCAAAGAGAACAAGAAACUCAAGGAGGAGAAUGGCACACUGAAGGAUAUCGAUACGAGAAAGAGGCGGGAGCUCGAAGAGCGGCUUGAGAGAAUGGUCUUGGAUGUGGAAGACGUGAUCAGGUCUAGGGAGGACCCCAAGCCCCAGACGGUGAACGUGGAACAAGACGAAUUGUUCCGACAAAAGUUCAAGUCAUUCGUCGAUCAAUACGAACUGCGGGAACUGCAGUUUCACUCCCUCCUGCGUACGAAGGACCUCGAAAUCCAGUAUCAGAUGGCGAGAUUCGAGGAACAGCGGAAAGCGCAAGAACUGGAAUCAUCGAGAUCGAACCAGCUAACACGUCAAGUCUCAACCUUCUCGCAGACAGAGACGGAGCUGCGGAGCCAACUCAACAUCUAUGUCGAGAAAUUCAAACAGCAGGUGGAAGACACUCUCAACAACUCCAACGAUCUGUUCCUGACCUUUCGGAAGGAGAUGGAAGAGAUGUCGAAGAAGACGAAGCGGCUGGAGAAGGAGAACCAAACCCUGACCAGGAAGCAAGACGCAACGAAUCGCAACAUCCUGGAAAUGGCCGAAGAGCGCACCAGGACGCAAAAAGAGAUGGCUGAUCUGCGCAAGAAGAACGAGAACCUGGAAAAGCUCUGCCGAGGGAUGCAGGCUCAAGGCCGUGGUCAAGUGCCCACCACCGAUCUUGAUGCCGACGAUGAGGGCACGGAGAGCGAGUACGAGUACGACGAUGAGGAUGAGGAUGGUAGCGGCGAAGGAGAGUACGAUGAGGAUACAGAAGAAGAGGCUAUCGAGGUUCGCCCUCGUCCUUUCGGUCCUGUCCCUCCGCCGCCUCCACCACCGUCAGCUAUGCCCAAUGGCAAGGUCAACGGCCCAGCAAACAGGCAGGCAAACGGACAGGUGAAUGGGAUCAAGCACUAG